AUGACUGCGGUGAAGAAAGCGUUGGCCAUGCGGCAACUGGAUUCCAUGUUUGGUACUAUGACCUUAGAGGGAGAGGGCCGCCACUCUCCAUUAGUCAGCUCGACGGUAGAGCACGAUCCACAUUGUGAUGUCCACGGUCGGUACAGCACGCCGUACAGGUCGUCUCUUUACCUGCACAGUCGGGAGUCGACGCCGUAUAGAGAGUGUAUAUCUCCAACUAACGGCCUCAUCAUCAGCAGGCGUAGGGGAUCUCUGGGUCUAUCGGGAUCACCUGCACGGGAAAUGGAACAUCCUUCGUCUUUUCCGAGUAUACUUCGUCGAGAUCGACAGAGUCCCUGUCAGACGCCCCCGAGACGUGACACGCCGAGUCCGACCCAAAAAUACGGUUCGAAAAGACACUCAAUGGGCUCAUUCCCCAACCUCUCCCGGGGCAAUGUGAUCAAUUACAACAGACGCGACUCAGUAAGCAGUACCGGCAUUCGAGAUAUGAAAAGAGAUUACGUGGGCUCGAUGAGUUCACUGUCGAGAAAAAGCUCCAUAGAUACCAAAAAGUCGUCAACGGAUUCUCUGGAGAAUUGGCACAUAAAUUGGGACUCCGAUCGACACAAUUCCAUCUCAUCGUUGGCGCAUGACGACGGACUCUCGUAUGGACACAAUAAGACACAAAAUCGAAAUGGCGGGCAGAGCGCACCCCUAUCGACUCCAGCGGCCGUGCCAGAGGUGAACGGUUCACGGCCAACGUUCAAACCAGUCACAGUUUUAGAAGAUUUGCAAGCAGUCCGGUGCGCUGAGUUCCAUCCUAACGGCAAGUUGUACGCCGUUGGUUCGAAUACGAAGACUCUGAGGAUAUGCACAUAUCCCAAGAUCGAAGAUGUCAAAGAUAACAGCGCACCAACAGCCCCCACAGUCCUACUCAAAAGGACGAAACAUCAUAAGGGCAGUAUCUACUGCUUAGCAUGGAGUCCCGCCGGCGACCUGCUGGCGACCGGGUCCAACGACAAAACUGUCAAACUGAUGAGGUUUAACAGUCAUACGUGUAAUUUGGAAGGGCAAGAGGUAGAACUCACAAUGCACGAUGGUACCGUUCGUGAUGUUUGCUUCAUAGAAGAUACGUCAAAUAAGACCAGCCUCCUCGUGAGUGGCGGUGCAGGUGAUUGCAAAAUAUAUGUCACUGAUUGCGCUACAGGAAAAACUUUCCAGGCACUGAGCGGGCAUUCUGGUCAUGUUCUGUCGCUAUACAACUGGGGCGGUGCGAUGUUCGUCUCCGGCAGUCAGGAUAAGACUGUACGCUUUUGGGAUCUCCGUACGGGAGGCUGUGUUAACGUCAUCUCCCCACCCACAGGACAUGCUAGCAAGGGCUCAGCGGUGGCUUCCCUGGCAGUGGAUCCAUCGGGUCGUCUGCUAGUAUGUGGUCACGAUGACGGUUCGUGUGCGUUACACGACGUGCGUGGGUCCAGAGCGUUGCAACGUUUCACACCACACUCGAGCGACGUACGCAGUGUACGCUUCUCCCCCGGAGCCUACUAUCUCCUUACCGCGGGAUAUGAUGGACGGGUCGUGCUCACUGAUCUGCAAGGUGAUUUAACUUGCGCUCUGCCAAGCGUCCCUGUAGCGCGACAUCCCGACAAGGUCAUCUCUGCGAGAUGGCACCCAGACGACUUUUCAUUCUUAUCAACUUCUGCCGACAAAACCGCCGUACUCUGGACCAUACCACCUGUU